GCGUGGGUGUUUGCAGUUUUGUACUUCGUUAACCAUAUUCCACACGAACUGCGCUAGUCCUGUCACUAUCUAACUCUUUGCAUACCCCAAUGUCUGAUACGACAUGGCUCUCAGCAGGUGGCAUUCGUCCCCCGGAAAAUUUCACCACAACAGCAUGUAGUCGGGAAAAUUCAUUUAGUGUUCAAGUUCUUGGCGAGGAAGUUUCCGAUUUUAGUUUAUUGUCGAGCAUUGCACGCUUCAUACACGAUACGAGUGUUCACUGGCUUUAUUUGAAUAUUAUAACGAUUUGUUGUAACGGUUUGAUUGGAGCAGGAGUUUAUACAGAAUAUGUGAGACGGUACUGGAACAUUUUUCCUUUUUCCAUUUUAAAAGGUAAAAAACGGAAAUUGUGGAAGUGCUAACUGAAUUUAGUUUCUUUAUAUAUCAGUUAGAAAAUAUUCUCAGUGAAUCCCUCAAUCCACCCAAGUGAAUUCAUCUCGUUCACCCAAGCAUCCAAACUUGUGAUUCCCUUCGAAUAUCGUAAUACUCGUAAAGUGCAAACAGUGUAAAGGUCAAACAAGCAACAGUGCCGAGAAUUUAUUCGGUUGAAAGGAUUAAAAACUCUAUUCAAACCCUGGGGAAAGUUGUGAUUUAUUAAUCUUCAUACCAGCACCUGCUUGGAUCUCAAGGCACCAAUCAAUGAAAUUCAUAUUCGAGCUUGUUACCGAAAGGACCAAAAUGACGACAUCAACAAAAACGUAGUUUCCUCUACCCUCCAACUUCUUCAUUUUCACAAGGAGUUUUUAGCUGAAUUAUGGAUUUAAAUUUUACACAAAGUAUCGAACUAUCACAAUACAGUUUACGGACAACGCCGUCAGCAGGGUCAACCACAAUAACGAUUUCGGCAUCCUCGCUAGCGAAUCGCAUAGACGUGAAUGCCAGCCGAGAAAUAAUCGACGGGAUAGCCCAGAGUUCCAUUGAUAUUCCGCGGCAUCAUCAAUAUGAUUGGAUCUUUUUGUUCGUCAUCAUCUUCAUCAUAGCAGGAGGAUUAGGAAAUAUUUUAGUUUGUUUAGCUGUGGCUCUCGAUCGAAAAUUGCAGAAUGUCACGAACUACUUUCUACUCUCAUUGGCCGUAGCUGAUUUGCUCGUUAGCCUGUUUGUGAUGCCGCUGGGAGCCAUCCCAGGUUUUUUAGGUUACUGGCCAUUCGGAUUCACAUGGUGCAACAUAUACGUGACAUGUGAUGUCCUGGCAUGCUCUUCGAGCAUACUCCACAUGUGCUUUAUAAGCAUCGGACGCUAUAUGGGCAUAAGAAAUCCUCUGAAAUCGCGUCAUCACUCCACGAAACGCCUGGCCGGUGUUAAAAUAGCUCUGGCAUGGCUUAUGGCCAUGAUGGUUUCCAGUUCAAUAACCAUUCUUGGACUUAUCAAUAAAUCCAACAUAAUGCCGGGGCCUUAUACAUGCGUAAUAAAUAAUCGAGCCUUCUUCGUGUUCGGGUCUCUGGUCGCAUUUUAUAUUCCCAUGCUGAUGAUGGUUAGCACGUAUGCACUGACGAUUCAACUCCUGAAGAAGAAAGCCAGAUUUGCCGCGGAACAUCCAGAGAGUGAAUACUUUCGGCGCCUGGGCCGUUUCGCCAUUAGGUCACAGGACAAUCACAUCGACUGUGUAGAAGCACACGAAUCAAAUGGAAAGAACAACUUUUACAAUGAUGUGCGGCGCUUCAGGACGAGCAAAAUAAUAUCGAGAACGAAAUCUGAGAAUCGUUUGCAAACGGAUGGUCAAGGAUUAUCUUACUGGAGAUCACAGUUCGAUGGAAGCAACAAUUAUGAAAGAGAUGCAUCCGGGCAAUGUUCAUGUGAUGAUAACACUCCUCAAUCUGAAAGAAUCAGUUGUGGGUUUGGGAGGUGCCGACUACGUACAUUGAAAUCUACAGUUAAUACUGUAGCACCACCAAUUCUCAAUCUCAGAUUCCUUCACAAUCGGACAAAAGGACGCAAUCUAUCAUCGAAUGCGUUCACUGCUGAAAAAAAAGCCACCAAAGUUUUAGGAUUAGUUUUUUUCACAUUCGUUCUAUGCUGGGCACCAUUUUUCAUUUUAAAUAUUGUAUUUGCUGUUUGUCCAAAAUGUAAAGUACCUGAACAUAUAACGGACACGUGUCUGUGGCUGGGAUAUGUAUCCUCCACUAUUAAUCCAAUCUUGUAUACUAUAUUCAAUAGAACGUUCCGGGCAGCGUUUAUACGCCUCUUGAAAUGUAACUGUGAGAAAUCGGGCCGACCACCACGAUAUCGAUCAGUGACGGAAGGGCGAGGAACGGCUAGUCUAUGCGCUCCAUCAGCUCUUCCUUUGGCCAUAUCAUUCCAAGGGGCGCCCUUAUUAACGCCAUCUACGACAAAUGCAACUCCUCUAAGUGAUUUUCAUGGAAGUUUUGCAAUAACUGAUGAUGAGUGUUAAUCUAUUAGUGUUACGAGAGAUCUAGCCUUAGUUAUAGGAUCUAUUAAUCGAUGCAUUGUAUCGAAAGAAAUGUACAAUUGGACACAUUGGUAAUGUGCAAUAUUUAUUAUAAUAAAACCUAUAAG